CGAGCCCGCGAUGUCAUCCAGUUUUCUCCCCCAGACGCCCUUCUUAUUUUCUUUUCUUUUCUAUUUUUUUCUUUCAAUCUUUCUAGGCGCUAGAUGUCACGGGGGCCCCGUAAAUUAUGGAUUUUCACUUGCGGCUCUUGCUGCGUCUUUCGUCUCAUUCGGCACGCUUCUUCAAGGCAAGACACGUGUUUACACACAGCAAUGUCGCGUGUGAUGGCUGUAAAUUCAAUAAAUAAAAAUAAAACCGAAGAAUGCGGCCGAACGGCUCUCUCUCCCCCCUCUCUCUCUUUGCCUCCCACUGUGGGUGCACGUAUCUCUCUUCCUUCCCCAGUCGAAUCUUUGGUGGGGAAGCUCUUUUUUUUUUUUUUUUUUU